AUGGCAAGUGUUAUGACUGAGGUAGGAACUGUGCGACCGAGGGGGAAGGCGGUCAUUACGCAAGCAACCGAUAGCGACCCGAGCAACGGUGCGGACGGUACUGUCACGGGAGGAGGAAACGCCGAACUGUUGUUGACGGUGGAUGCUGAUCUGGCAAGUGGAAUGCCCAUUUUUCCCCGAAGGUAUAAAGCAAAUGUUCUUCCGCCCCAAUCGAUUAAGAAGAAAAGUAAAUCGAAGGAGGACAUGCACACUGGGGGGGGGAAUACUGCUAUAGAGGGGGGAAUCUCCCGCACGCGUAAUUGUUCGCAAAAAAGAAGUAACCACAGGGAUGAAAAAAGAAAGGAUGCGCGUGGAAGUAAAAAAAUAUUUUACAUUAACGGGAAAAAGAAGUGCGAAAAAAAAAGCGGCACACAAAAUGAUUGCGCUAUUAACGAAUGGAACAAUGAACAAACAAAUUGCAAUUUAAAAAAUGAAGAAAUAUGUUUUUUUGGAGGGGACGAAAAUAACAUAAUGGAUUAUACACACCUGCAUGGGAAGCACAAGAGUGUUCCAAAUAGGGAAGAAAGGCAGGGGAACGGAAAAAAAAUAACCAGCAAUGGUCACGUGGUUAGUGGUGUAAAGCAGAGCGCGCACGUGAGGGAUACGUCCAACCACAAUGUGUGUGAUAAAAAGGAUGGAAAAAGUGUUGAAGUGAACCAUGUGGACAGGGAGGAGGAGCAGCAGCAGCUGCUGCGUAGGGGGACAUUCCAAAGGGGGAGGAGAAACCAUUAUAAUGAUGGAAAAUUUGGGAGGGAACAGCCAAAUGUAAAUUAUUAUGAUAGGUUUGAUUACGUGAAAAGGGAAAGGAUGAUGAACCAUUAUAAAAAGUUAGACGCUGUUUACUCCAGCCACAGUCGUAGGAGCAAUCCGGACUACCAUCCACGGGGCGGCUACCGAAACGAACCCACCAGUAGGGGAACAACGGAUCGGUGGCAUCGUUACUACCCGAAUGGAAUAACCAACAAGUCGGCAGAAGGGGGAACGAGAGACCAAAAUGGAACUAUACAUAACAGCGGUCAUGCGAUUCGCUCACCUUUGAAUAAUCCCCCCCACGGUAGGAACACGGACAAUAAUUACCCCAAUAACAUCGCCAGGAGAAGGGGAAGCGGAAAAACUACCUUCAGUCACACUGGUGAACACGAAAAGGAAAGGCAAAAGGAAGUACCCGGCGUUCAAGUGAACCAAUCGGUGGAUUCAUUGCAACAAAAUUUUGCACACACAAAUGAAGUCCAUCCCAAUCAGGGGAAAACACAUUCCCAAUUUAAUCUGAACGAAAAAUCAGAAGAACACUUCACGUAUAAUCUGCACGAAACCAAUGAGAGAAGUAUCCCCACGCUGCAAAAUAGUUAUUUAAAUGAAUCAAGCCCAGGUAACAUGGUUACAGAUGCUUGUAGAAGAAGGGAUGUGCUUGAAAAAGAAACUGAAAAAGGCCAAACCGGGCCGUACUAUAUUCAUCACGAGGUGAAAAAUAAUGACGUGGUGGAAAUCCCAAGGGCAGAACCCAAUCGGCAAAGCACAAAUAACGAUUUGGAGAAGAAGGACGGUACGGACAAUACCCCCAGUGGAGGUACCAACCAGAAGGAUACCCCACCGAUGGGAGGUAGCCAUAAUGCGAAUGACAAUCUGAGGAAGUUGAAGAGGGAAGAAGAAAAAAAAAAAGUAAUGAACUGGAAGCUGGAGGAACAAACGCUGCUUGAGGAAGGGUUGAGGGUGUACAAGGAUUUAAAAAAUUGCCCAGAAAAAUGGGAAAAGGUUAGCGAAAUUGUGAAGACCAAGGGUCCGGAGGACUGCCUGAAGCGAUUCCUCUAUUGCAGGUUCAUCGAAGGCAGUGACCAAGCGAACAACGAAGAGAUGGAUCAGGACAUUGACAGCGACGACAUGAACAUAAACAACAAUGUGAACAUAACGGGGAAGAGUCUUGUGCUUGGAAACGUCCACAUCAAAAAUAUAUCUCUGUAUAAAGCAAUCCAGUUGAAGCUGCAGCUGCUUUGCACCCGGUGCUGCAACACAUUUGAUGUCACCACGACGAGCAAAGACGCGCCCCAGUUAGUUUGCACCUGCGUGAACUGCAGCAGCAAUGCCGUUGUAGAGGUGUACAGAAAUAUUUGCUUUAUGGAGAACAGCUGCGUGUGCGUUUUGAAGUUUAAUCAGUGCUCUCUGAUGGACUUGUUAAGCGGGGAUUACAGCGUGAAUUGCGAAAGCUGCGGGAGGAAGAGUAUCCUGAAGAAUGUCACUUCUGGCAAAGAAAUGCACGUGAACUGCCAGAAGUGUUUCACCAAGCUGGAGUUCAAAUACAGCGGCUUCUCAUUUGACGAGAUAGUCAACGCAAACAAUGCCGCUAUAAAAAAAAUCGACGAAAUGAUAAACAAACUAUUCACGAAAAAAAAGUCCAACAAGAAGGCCUUGGCUCCAGCGAACAAUUUGAAAAUAGAAAAAUGCAAAAAUGUUAUAAAAGUAAAUAAUAUAGAAGUGAAGGAUGGUGCAUGCAAGCAUUUUAAAAAGUCCCAUCGGCUCUUCAAAUUCCCCUGUUGUAACAAGAUAUUUCCGUGCCCCACUUGCCACGAUUUAAAUAGCAACCACGAAUGUGGCAUUGCUAAGCGGGUGAUUUGCGGAUUUUGUUUUCGUGAAUUUGAUGACGACGAUGUGUGUGUAUGUCAGCGGGACAAGAAGACGAAGAAAGGCGGGAACUUCUGGGAGGGUGGAAAAGGAUGCCGCAAUGCAAUCACGCUAAGCAAGAAUGACUCCAAAAAGUACAAGUUGUUGAACCGGCAAACUGUGCAGAAGAAAAAGAAGAAAUAG